AUGAACGGGCACAAGGGAGCAGGAGAGGCGAAUGGUCUCUCGCAGCACAAGAUGAACGGGACGAACGGGAAGGUCAACGGGCUCAGCGACCGGUCAAAAUCGAGCGACCGAAGACGAGAAGCCAGCAACGGCCUCAGCACGUCCACCUCUCCCUCCUCACGACGAGAAUCGCCGGCCAGCGCACACAGUCGCAAGGAGUCCAACCCGCUCGCACCGCCCUUCAUCGUCUCGGCACCGGGCAAGACCAUCGUCUAUGGGGAGCACGCGGUCGUCCACGGCAAGGCUGCCAUUGCUGCUGCCAUCUCCCUUCGCUCCUACCUCCUGUGCACUACUCUCUCAAAGUCAAAACGAAUCGUCACUCUCAAGUUCAGCGACAUUGGCUUGGACCAUACAUGGCACAUCCACGACCUACCAUGGAGCACUUUCCAGCGUUCCGGCAAGAAGCGGAAGUAUUACGACCGGGUGGACAGUCUGGAUGAAGAAUUGAGGAAUGCCAUGAAGCCACAUAUCGCUACUGUGAGUCCGGACGUCGAACACCAAGCGCGGAAGAUACACCAGGCGGCCGCCAGCUGCUUCUUGUAUUUGUUCCUCUCUCUUGGUUCCGAAAGCAGUCCUCCCUGCGUGUACUCCAUGCGCAGCACAAUACCUAUCGGGCAAGGGCUGGGCAGCAGCGCCAGUGUCAGUGUAUGCUUGGCGGCAGCGCUGCUCUUGCAAUGUCGGGCGCUAUCAGGACCACACCCAGACCAGGAGAGUGAAGAAGCUGCCAAGCAGCUCCAGCGCAUCAAUCAAUGGGCUUUUGUUGGUGAGCUGGUUAUACAUGGCAACCCCAGUGGUGUCGACAACACUGUUGCUACCAACGGACAUGCUGUGCUGUUUCAACGAAAAGACUACACGCAGCCGCCAUCUGUCAACAUCCUUCACGACUUUCCCGAGCUACCUCUUCUCCUCAUUGACACGCGGCAACCCAAAGCGACUGCUGCUGAGGUGGCGAAGGUCGGCGCGCUCAAGAAGAAGCACCCUGAGGUCGUCGAGCGAAUACUAGACUCAAUCGACGCCAUCGUACGCUCUGUCUACAAGACCAUCGAGAACACGGAUUUCGAUUCUUCAUCGGCAGAAGCAGACGAGGCGAUUGCACAUCUUGGCGAGAUGAUGUCGGUGAACCACGGCCUCCUCACCAGUCUCGGCGUGUCGCACCCCAGACUGGAACGACUACGAUAUCUCGUUGAUCAGGCCGGCGUGGGAUGGACGAAGCUCACUGGUGCUGGUGGAGGUGGUUGCGCCAUUACGUUGUUGAAGCCACAACCUCGUGCGACGCAUGGUGUGGACGGCGACCUUAACGGGGAAGCUGCGACGGCAUCGCCACCCACAACGCCUUCCCAUGAACAUGGAGAUAGGUCACUAUCAUCAGCACUCCAAGAUUUGGAGCAGCAGCUCGAAGAUGAAGGUUUCGACAAAUACGCCACCACACUCGGUGGCGAUGGGGUCGGCGUGCUGUACCCUGCAAUAAUCAACGACGAAGAGAUUGACCAGGAGAUGUUCCUCACAGCUGAAGGACGAGAAGGCGUCCACGAGCUUGUCGGCGGCGGCCAGUCGGGAGCCUGGAAGUACUGGCGGCCCUGA